UACUAGAUUCUCGCUUAAAUUGGAAACACAAAACCACAACGGAAACAGAGAGCGGAGAGACAAAAGCUUCGAGAGAGACACAAAUGGAAGCUCCCCAACCUUCAAAUUCCCGCAAGUAUGGCAUCCCUUUCUAUGCAGUCGCUUGGCUUCCUUCAACUUCUCUCAAAUCCCAGCAGGAACCUCCAGAAUCUGAAAAUCAUUCUGAUCAAUCCGCUGAUGCUGACAUUUCCGCCGACGACAACAAAUCACUUCCAUCCCACCCCGCCACCGCUGAUAAUUACUACGUAGCCGCCACUGGCGGUGGCGGAGAAGGUCGGAGUGGGAUUUCCAAUGCCCUCAUACUCGCUCACUUCGAUUUUGAAUCCCGCUCCCUCUCUGACCAGCCUGUUGCAAAAUAUGGAACUGGUUCUGAUUUGCCUUACAGAAUGGCUGUCCAUCCAGCUGGAGAUGGAAUUAUUUGUUCUUUGCCAAAAAGUUGCAGCCUAUUUAAAGUGGAUACCAAGAAAGAUGCUAGAGAUGAGAAACUUGGACUAAAGCUCUCUCAGGAGGUGCUCAGCCAGUUAGAAGAUGUUGGACAGCAGUUAGCGUUGACAUUUAACAAUGGGGGCUCUUUGCUUGCCACGGGUGGUGAGGAUGGCAAUUUAAGGGUCUUAAAGUGGCCUAGCUUGGACAUCGUUCUCAAUGAGCCCAGUGCCCAUUCUACUGUGAAGGACUUGGAUUUCAGUCUUGAUGACAAGUAUCUUGUCUCCUUAGGUGGCCCUUGUAGAGUGUGGGAUGUGACUACAUCAACUUUAGUAACUUCUCUUCCAAAAGAAAACGAUGAGGUUUUUAUCUCAUGCAGAUUUUCCUUCGCGAACAACGGGGAUAUGGUUUUAUACACUGCUGCAGUGACUGGCAAAGGUGGAAGCAUUGUAUCUUGGAAUGCAGCCACUUGGAGGAGGGUGGCUUCAAAGCUCAUAACUCGUGAUAAUAUUACUGCAUUCAAUGUUUCAGCUAAUGGGAGACUCCUUGCCUGUGGUACAACUCAGGGAGAUGUUCUGAUCAUAAAUUCAACCAGCAUGCGAGUUCAAAAGAUAGUUAAGAAGGCACACCUUGGUUUUGUAACGGCAUUGAGCUUUUCCCCCGAUUCAAGAGCUUUGGCUUCUGCAUCAAUGGACUCCAGUGCUAGGGUGACUGUAAUUGAGGAGGAGCAGAAAAACGGAUUUAACUUGUGGAUCGUCAUAUUCAUCAUGUUAAUUGCUGUUGCUGCAUAUUUCAUCAACAAUUAUGAAAUUCAUAAGUUUGAGCUUCCCGCCUUUUUCAGUGCUUAAAUGAAAGGUGGAAUAUUGAGGAACAAAGAGCCUAACAGUUUGAAUUGAAACUUUCCCUUGGAAUUAAUUAUAUUCAAAUCCAAAUAAGUGGUUUCCUAAUUCUAUGUUAUAUGUAAAAUUCCCAAUUUUUUUAAUAUAGUGUUCAAAAUUGAAAUCUUCUCACA